AUGGUCAGGCGAUUACACGCUGCUGGCUGGACUCCCGAAAUUCAUCAUCUCAAUGUGACUUACAGAUCUGUGCUAUGGUGGAUGCUUCAGAGAGGUGCCGAACCUGACGCUAUGGAGGCUGCUCUCGAUAUUGGCGUCUCCGUUGACGACGAAGGCUGUGGUCUUUCGAUGUUGCAUGCUUGCGGGAACCAUAGACUGGACGUGGUACGUCUCCUACUAAGCCGGGGAUUCCGCUUUGAGGACCAGUCUGUUCCUGAAGAAAACUUGGUAAUCGGCAUUCCAGGAGUAUGCGAGCAGCUCUGCCUAACACUCGCGCUUCAACGUGCUGUUCUUGGAACAAGCGAUGCGUCCACCACCACAGAAUUGAUCCGAUUACUUCUCGAAGUGUACGUGAACUCCGGAAAAUUAGACUACCGUAGCGAGAUUACGUGGCUAGUCUUAGCAACAGGUGCUGGUAUGCCACUUGAAGUGCGUUCUCUCCUCUGGGAUUCCCUGGUCGUUCAAUGUGGUCUACCGAAGAGCUCCGAUUUUACAGAAACUUGGGAGAAGGAGACCGUUGGUUAUAUUAUGGAUAUGGUACACAACAUCUUGACCGCUAAGGACGGCGCAGUAGAGCUUCUGCACGGAAACCUCGAGUAUAUCCUUCGGUCUAUAGGACUCUGUCUUCGGGCCGAGGGAGGCUUUGAUUGGGUGCGCGUCCAGCCUUUAGUCAAGACGUUGAUACGGGAGAGCCACGAACACAUCGAUAUUGUCUGUACGUAUCCGACACACUUUACGAACCUCUAUCUCAGUAAGAAUGACGAAGCGCUCACGCUCGAACUUAUCGAUAUCCUACUUAAGAACGGCGCAGAUGCGGAGGCUAAACUCGGUGACGAGGAGUACGGCGCGGAUCUGUUGCACCGUUCUGUCGGCAUAGGGGCUUUCGGACGAGUAAAGGUGCUCACCGAUUAUGGCGCUAGAAUCGACCCCCCUACUUUGCAAGAGAUGGAGUAUCCGAUCAUGCUCGUACGAGACGAUUUGGAUGAGGAAUUGCGGGAUAAAAUGGUCAAAGCACAGAAAGAAAUUGCCCAAUUUCUAAAUCUGAAGCGGAAGGGGUUGAGAAAGAAAUCUGAUAACUCGUAA